AUGGAGGGAUUUUUGAAUAAUGGGUUUGUGGGAUUUGAAGGAUACAGAAAAAAGAUGGGGGCAACACCACCAGCUCCAGCUUCUGUGCCCCCGAGUGAGACCCCGGCUAAGGCUCCGGCUCACAGCAAGAAGAAGAGCAAGAAGCAUACUUCACCUUUACCUACUUGUGCGUGCUUUAGGCAGCUUCGUAGUUGGUUGGUUUCUGCCCAUUUUCAGCUCAACUUCUUUUUGGUUCGUUCAGUCCAGCUUAGCCUCCAGCUUCAGUUUAGAUCUUCAGCAUCUGGUUGUAACGUCUUUUGCUGGCAGAGCCCCAAUCUUCUUCUUAAUUCUCCGCCGCCUACUGAUCAUACAGCAGCCAUGAUUAUCCCAGAGAAGAACAGAAGAGAGAUCUCGAAAUACCUCUUCCAAGAGGGUGUAUGCUAUGCGAAGAAGGAUUACAACCUGGCCAAGCACCCGGAAAUCGAUGUACCUAACUUGCAGGUGAUUAAGCUGAUGCAGAGCUUUAAGUCCAAGGAAUACGUGCGGGAAACCUUUGCCUGGAUGCAUUACUACUGGUAUUUGACCAAUGAUGGAAUCGAGUUCCUCCGGACCUACCUCAACCUUCCUUCUGAGAUCGUCCCAGCUACUCUCAAGAAGUCUGCUAAGCCCCUAGGUCGACCCAUGGGAGGCCCACCAGGCGACCGCCCACGUGGACCACCGAGAUUCGAGGGUGACAGGCCAAGGUUUGGAGAUAGGGAUGGGUACAGGGGCGGCCCAAGAGGACCACCUGGUGAAUUUGGUGGUGAGAAGGGUGGAGCUCCGGCUGACUACCAGCCUGCUUUCAGGGGUUCUGGUGGAAGACCUGGCUUUGGGCGAGGAUCUGGCAGCUUUGGUGGAGCACCCCCUAGUUAG